AUGUCUCAAGUGUCCAUUGUGACCUUCUCGGAGGCUGUCCAAAAAUCAUUAUCCAAUUCCGAUGAUACAUUAAAUGUGUUCUCGUCAUCAUCGACCUCUUCCAAUGUACCAAGACAAUCCAUUGAGAAAAAUCUUCAACAAGAAAUUCAUGAAAUAUUUACCAAUGGCAUGUGGGAUUGUGCUCCAAAGAAAAUUCUAAAUUCCAGACGACCAUUCUCAUCUCUAUUUGGAUUAUUAUUCAAUUCCGAUCAAGGAAGUACCAGUGAGAGUAUGGUUGCCUUGUUUCAUGAUUAUUUUGGAUAUCAAUUGACCGUCGUGAUUUGGAGUGUCUUGUUCAUGACUUGGUGGAGUGUUGGAAAGAUUUUGGGAUAUUCUCUCUUGCAAGUCACAUUGUUGAGAAUUUUAACAUUUAUGGGAAGUGUCAUGAUGUGGAUGUGCAUGUUGUAUUUGAUUUUGGACAAGAUCUUGUCGCCCAUGUUGAUGAAAGAUUUUUCCAAGUACAUUCGGAAGAGUAAGGAAUCGAACGAGUUGGGUGAUGUUGCUCAUUAUUAUGAAAAUAAUUCGAAAAAACCAAUGAAUCGAUUCUUUUUGGCAUAUAUUGGAGAGGAACUGGUGGGACAUGUGGCUAUCGAUGAAUGGCAUUAUCCUGGUGAAGGAGAGGAUCAAGUAUUUCGUCAAUUGCAUGAAGAGUUUGCACAACAACAACAUAAUAGACCUCCGAUUAUUGCUGAACUUCGUAGAAUGAGUGUCAAGAGUAGUCAUCGAGGUGCUGGCAUUGCUAAAAAAUUGAUUAAUCAUCUCUAUGAAUAUGUCAAGAAUGAAUGUCAUGCAGAUUAUUUGGUGCUCAAGACAUCGAGUUUGCAAUAUGGAGCAAGAAAAUUAUAUUCCAAUUUUGGUUUUGAAUUGAAGCGAGUGGAUACAAUGAUACCACCUGUCGCACUCUUCCAUUUUGUUUUGGAUCUUGGAAAGAGAAAAUAA